CUUACAUGCUACUAACCCAUCCCUAACUCAUCAGUUCAGCCAGUGUAAAAUUCUUAAAAGUUGAAAGGUGAUAUUGUUUUAUUACAAAAACAAGAUGAAAACAAAAUGUCAGUGUGUGAAUUAUGAAAUAAAUUUUAUUCUUUGCAAUUACUAAGAAUAACAUUGAGUUUUAUUUGAUUUUUGGGUUGCGUCACUUUAUUCAAACAAAUCAAAUGAAAUUGUAAGAAUCCGCCCAAGUAGUUAUUUGCACGAAUGGCGUCAGGAUGUUAUUAAAAAAAAUGUCAAAUCCAAACAAUCAUUUUCCUUUUUCCGUUUUCAUAAAGAAUUAUGAGUGAUUUAAGAUAAUCUAUACAUGUUGGUGUAAAAAUGUUGUACAUAACCAUGGAUUUUAUACAACAAAAUGCAUACAGGCAAAAAUACUUCCUAUUAAAUAAAAAUCGAAGGUGGAUAGUUAGAGAAAAAAAAUUUUACAGAUUAUUUUAAAGUAAAAGUAAACAAUAUGUAGGGUCAUUUGGGAUAAAUAUAAACAGUAAAUGUUUGGGAUUCAUUUUUAGUUUCUCACUAAUCAACAACUUUGGUUUAAUAUUUGGAAUCAGAACACAUAAAAAUACAUUGUUUAAACAAGGUUUAACACGAUAAACUUGCAAUCAUAUACAUUGAAUACAACCAUCAGAUUUCGCAAAUGGAGUAGAUGAUCUUGCUCUGCUAUUAGAGCUUGAAGAGGAAAAUGAAAAUUGACAAAAAAAAAAUCAGGCACACGAAAUUGAAGAUGAUCAAAUAACAAUAAUGAAGAAGAUAUAUUCAUACGGUAGAUCUAAGUUACUUUUUACCUUGUUACUGGCUGCUUUCUUUCUACAAGGAGAGGCGAAAGCGACAUUUUGUCCGAACCUGUGCAUAUGUGAUGAUGAAACUUUAGAAGUUUCUUGCAUUGGUGCAAAUCUAGAUGUCAUUCCGAUAGCAUUAAAUCCAAGUAUUCAACGUAUAGUUUUGAAAGAUAAUAGAAUAAAAGCUGUUGAAGCUGCAGCAUUUCAAUUUUAUGGGGAUUUAAAAGCUGUUGAUUUAUCAAAUAAUCAUCUUCUUUCCAUUCCAAAUGGAAGCUUUGAAGCACAAAAGCAACUUAUAGAACUGCAUCUAAAGCACAAUAAACUUUCUUCCAUAAAUGAGAAUACAUUUUUAGGCCUAAAGUCACUGACAAUUUUAAACUUGCGUGACAAUUAUCUUGAGACAUUGAAGAAUGGAUUUUUUAGUUCUCUUUCGAAACUUGAAGAAAUUGAUUUGGGUCAAAAUCGAAUAUCCCACGUUGAAUCAAACGCAUUUCAAAAAUUAGUCAUGCUUCGAAUUCUUUAUUUGGAUGAUAAUCAACUACGAAUUAUUCCUUCGAAUGCUCUUGGACCCCUUAAUGCUCUCGCUGAGCUUCAUAUUGGCCUAAAUGCCUUUACUUCUCUAACUGAUGAUGGAUUUAAAGGACUCGAUCGACUUACUGUCUUAGAUGUAUCUCGAGCUGGAUUAGAUAAUAUCACUGAAAAAGCAUUUAAAGGCCUUAAUACACUACGAGUGCUUAAACUUGAUGGUAAUAAAUUGAAGGAAAUCCCUACAAAACAAUUAAGCUUGUUGAUUCGUUUAGAAGAAUUAACAUUAGGCCAAAAUUUGUUUAAUGUUUUAAAGACAGCAGUCUUUCAAGGUCUAUUUAAUUUAAAGAAGCUCGAUAUUUCUGGAGCCAAAAUGCUAACUACUAUUCAAAAAGCAGCAUUUUCUGAUAAUCCAAAUCUCGAAACACUAAUUUUUAAUAACAAUAAACUUCUUAGUGACAUGCAAGAUGGAGCAUUGGCUGGUUUACCUAAUCUAAGACAUUUACUAUUAAGAAAUAAUGCUUUUACUGGAUUUUCUGAAUCCUUGGUGUCAUGGAAUGAGAUCAGACAUUUAGACCUAGCUGAGAAUUCGUUGGUUUGUGAUUGUAGAAUUCUCUGGUUAGCUGAAGUUCUUGUAUCCAGGAACUCUUCUCCUGUGCUGUGUGUGGAACCUCUGAAUAUGAAAGGUAAACCUCUGAAGGGUAUGCAACCGGACGAGUUAGGAUGUGCUUUCUUCGAUCCCCGAAAGCAAGCGUUGCUGGCUACACUUUGUGUGGCAGGAAUCGCUCUCUCAUUUGGACUCGGUCUUAUUCUUUACUACAGAUUUCGUAGAAGAGUCCGUGAUGUUCUCACCGAUUACAAGUGGAAUCAUCGUGCAAUAUCACGAAAAGAACAUGAAUAUAGAAAAACGUUUUCCGAGGAAGAAUACAUUGUACGUGCGGCGCAUACACAUCAUCAUCAUCAUCACGAAACACAAUCUCAACAUUAUCUUCAACCGCAAUUUUCUGCCCAUCAACAAUUACCAGCAAGCAAUAAUCGACCAGUUCCUGUAACGGAACUGUAGCUAGAACUUCGGGCAGCGAGCCCUGGCAAUGGCGGUGUUUGGUUUUUGCCGCAUGGUGGCACUAGUCUUGCAGAUGGUUUCUCUUACAUCGACAGAGAUAUAGUGCGACAAAAACAAUUAGGUCCAGGGAUGCUGUCCAAUUCAGCUACUGUUUGCCAUAGUAUGGCAUGUUCUAAUUCAUGUUCAUCAAUUGGCGAAUUAUCAAGAGCUGGAGAAAAUGUUGGAAUAGGUGGAAGUACUAUUUCCGGUAGGGUACAUAGUUCAGAUUAUUUCGGAAGAUAUCCACCAUCGUCGUCUACAAUAAUCAAUAAGAAAGAAACUAUGACAAGAUGUCAAAAGUCACCUUCGUCAAAGUACCAACUUAUGUAUAUUCAGGCAUCGUGCUCAACAAUAAAUGGAGAACCCAAUAAUUUUCAUGAACGCGAGAGAAAUUGGCUGAAAUCAAGUCAAAAUCUACAAAUUAUUCCUCAUUGUAGUGAGGAAAUUCUCGAACUUGAAAUUCAUGCAAAUAAAAAUCAAAGUGACUCUUAUCUUUAUCGUACAUAAAAAGAAUUUUAAGAAUACUUAUAUAUUGUGACAAUUAAGGAACUAUAAGAAUUUUAAUUUUUAUGUUCAUCACGUGAAUUGCAAAGCAGAAAAUUGUCAAUCUGUAUUGAUUGAAUCAGAGACAAUGAGUAUUAUUUUAUAACUAUAUAUAUAUCAUGAUUUAUUGUAGAAUUCAAUUUUUUAUUGUUUUUAUAUAUUUUAAAAACUUUCAUUAUUUGCAAUACAUUACAAAUGUAAACGAAAAUAAGUGAAUAAUGGAAAACCAUGUGGGAAAUGAAUAAAGCAAUUAAAGCGAUUUAUUAAUUAAAAUAACUCUCAAUUUAAAAAGAAAGUUUUUUAUUUUCCCAUAUUUCUGUGAUGAAUAUUUAAAAUUGUUUUAGUCAUUUUAUAUAAGAUGAAAAAACAAAGUCAUAAAUAUGUUUAAAUUUUUUAAUUUAUUGAGAUUAAAUUUUUUUCAGUUUUAAAAUUAGAACUAGAAUUUUAUAAAAAUUUUCUCGUACCAGAUAUCUGUUCGCUGUUUUAAGUUAGUUGUUUUUGCAGGCCGAAUCGAAGUAGCGCGAACUUUUUUGAAAUAAUUUAAUAUAAUUUUUAAAUAUUAUAAAACUAAUAUAUUGUUUUCGUUAAUUUUUAUAUUUAAAAAAGAAAUUUCUGUAUUAUAUAUUAAUUAAGGGAAUAGUUCUGAUUGUGGGUUUAUGGCUCAUAACUUUUAACCAAAUGCAUAUUAUGAGACUUGUGUGUAUCAGUGGCAAUCUAGAGACCUUAUGUAACUGUAUAAACAAAAACUAAAUUGAUUCCUUCAAUUGGAAAGAUUUUAUUAAAAAUUUAGUGAAGUGAUCACUUUUAGUGAAAAAAAGUAGUACCCGGUGGUUGUGGGCACCCUAGGAAAAUCUGCGAAAAAAUGAAAAAAAAUUAAGGAAAACCACCAUAAUUGAAAUGAAAAUGAUAAUUGCUGAAUAACACGAGAUAUUCCAAUUACAUUCCUGGAAUAUUCCAUUAGAAUAUUGUGAAUAUUCUAAAAUAAUAUAAUAUAAAAUAAGCUUGCUAAAUACAGACAUUGAUUAAAUUAUUUAAUAUGUUAUAUAAAGUAAUUAAUUGAAAUAUAAUUCUAUUUUUGAGAAUAACAGAGGAAUGCAUAGAAAAUGCUCUAAGUGCAGCAUUAGUUCACGCGAUAUGAAAAAGCAUAAUGUUUCUCGCAGUUUUUUUUAAAGUACCUAAGGUAAACAUAAUUUAAAAAUUUAGAAUAUUGUAAAAUUAUAUUAAAUUUUUUUUUUAUUUUGCUAAUUAGUAUCAUGCUUUGAGAGAAAAGUCUAAAAUUUCUUUGGGAAUAGAUGUAUGUAUGAUUCUGAUGUCAUUUGUGAUGAUCACUUCAGACAUGAAGAUGUUCUUGCAUUUUAUCAACAUAAAAUGCCAGAUGGAACUAUAUAGAUAAUCCCAAAGUCAUGAGUUACUUUAAAGCAAAGUGCUAUUCCAAUACGGGUAUGUCAAACAAUUAAUUUUUUACGUUUUGUUUAAAAAUUGCUUAUAAAUGCUGCUUUAUUUUAUAAUUUUUUUUUAAAGGACAAAGACUGUGAGAUUGUUAAAGCUGCUUUGACGAGAAAUAAUUAUAUUAGUCCUAUUA